ACGGGUUUUGUGCUGGUUUUGUGUUGCCCGAGGAGGGAUGAUCAUGCGAUUAAACGCGUGGAGUAGGAAGUAAUGCAAAGAGACAAUAUUUGUUUAGAAUACACACAGAGACGAUCCGUAUUGUAGUUUCUGCCUAUUUAAAGGUGAAUAGCCAUCCAAAUGUCAUCACCAGGUCUCUGGCACGGCGCGAGCCGCGCCAGUCCGUCCUUCAUUUUCGAUCUCGUUUUCUGCUGAGUGAGUACAUGAGUACGGCAUCCGUCCUGAUUUUACCCAAGUGAAAUGAAGAAUGGUUUUCUGUUGUGCUGUUGGAUGCUCAAACAGCAGCCGCAAGGGGUUUCGUUUAUUUUUAAUACCGAAAGAAAUCAAACGCAGGGAACUAUGGUUAGCAAAAAUCAGACGAGACAAGUGGACGCCGACGUCUGGCUCGCGACUUUGCGAGGCACACUUUGAGGAAUCUGCAUUUGAGCUAAACCGCUUAGAUGGUUGGAAAAAGCUGAAACAAACUGCCAUCCCAACCAUCUUUCCGACUGUUCAAGUCAAGGAGGAGGCUCCAAAGGGUGCAAGAACUCCAGAGCCAUCUGCACCAAACUUCCUUGAGGAGAAAAACAAUUGUGCCGCUGUUGCAGAUGAGAACUCGGGCCACGCAAGUAUACUUUCGCUCUGUGUUUACGCAGACAAAUUCAUCCGCUCGGUCAAUUGGUGUCCAGGUGAAUUUGGAACUCUUGCUCGCAGGAUACAACGUGACUCGUCUGCUUCAGGUUUCAUACCAACUUUAUGGUGUCUGGUCUCACCUGCCACAUCUACAAAAGUUUGUCACUUCAAUCACUCAGCUUCAUCUCCUGAUACAGCCCGCCUCAAGAGCUCCGAGUCUGUCAGCACGCGUGGUGCCAAAGUGAUGACCCAACGCAUGAAUUUGACAAUUUUGAAAUACAUGUCCAGGUCGAUAUGCACCACAUGGAGGUCCCACAUGUUUGGCUGACUGGGUGUUAAUAGAGAGGGUAGUUGUUUGUGCUGGCCUGAACCUAAACAGGUCCGAUUCAUGGAAUUUUCACACACUGAGAAGGUGGCAUGAUGCUGUUUUAGGGCAUUCUUUCGAAUAAAGUAAACACAGGUUCACUUGA